CUCAUCUUGAAACUUAAUUACUUCCACGUUUAGACCAAUCGUGCUAGUUAUUUAUGACCUAAUCGUGUUCAUUGUACUCUAGAUCAAUCGAAACCAAGGCACUGAUGUUAACGAAGAGAAGAAAUGUUAUGAAGAGAAGGAAGUAUUCAAUGCUCAAAAAGAAGUGAGCGAAUGUGACCAAGUAGGUGCCUUACAUUAAACGCUAUUCUAAUCAGAUCUGUUUAGGGCUUCAAGAACGUGAGUGGUGUGAUGGAGUGGCGACCAAAAGUUCUGAGGCCUUUGACUUCACCAGUAUGUAACUUGAAGGAUGGGGAAAGUUGUAUAGUGUAUCUAGUGUAUCUGCAAUCAAAUAUUUAAGGCUUUCAGAGAAAAUAACCUUUCAACUGAUAUGUCACAUAGCUGACUGCCAGAGUGUAUUGAUCGCUGAGCAGGGGUUAUUGAGAGAAUUGGUGGUGCAGGAUUGGAUGAAGGAAGGGAGGCAGGCAGGCAGGCAGGCAGGCAGGCGGGCAGGCAGGCAGGCACGCAGGAAGGAAUGGGGGAAGGACGGACGGACAAAUGAUUGAAUGGAUUAAAUGAACGAACUGACGAAUGGGCGAGUGAAUGAAAAUAUCAAUAAGAAUUAAAGUAUUUAACUUUUAAUGCAUAUUUAUCAGGGAGAACAAGACCUUCAGGCUGAAAAACGGGCCUUGGCUAUUUCUGGUGGUUUGCAAGUUAACAAAGAAAUCGCCAUGUCCUCUGGACAGCUUUCUCAGGAAAAAAGCAACGAUUUACUUCCUCAGGAAAACAUCGUAUUGAUCCCGAUACCAUCGAUAUCAAAAGAAAACAGCAACGCUGUCGCCAUAUUGAUAUCAAGUGAAAGUAUUGAUGAUGACGAAAACGAAGACGACUUCCUGGAUCAGGAAGGAAUGGAACUGCUGCCGAUGCCAUGGACAUCACAGGAAAACAGCAACGCUUCCGCCAUACUGAUAUCAAUUGAAAAUAUUGAUGAUGAUGAUGAUGAUGAUGAUGAUGAUGACGACGACGAAGAGGAAGAAAACAAUGGUGGUUUUCUGUUUCAGCCAAAAAUAGAACUGCUGCCGAUACCAUCGACGUCAAAGGGAAGCAGCAACGCUUCCGCCAUAUUGAAAUCAAGUGAAAGUGAUGAUGAUGACGACAACGAAGAAGACGACUUCCUGGAUCAGGAAGGAAUGGAACUGCUGCCGAUUCCAUCGACAUCACAGGGAAACAGGAACGCUGCCGCCAUAUUUAUAUCGACUGAAAAUAUUGAUGAUGAUGACGACGAAGAAGAAGACAGCUUUACUACUCAAAAGCUGUUUUCCUUUGCUUGGCAAAUAGCAAAGGGAAUGGUAGGUAUUAAUAUAGCUAUUUCGAAAUGAGAUGAAAUGUAAAGAUACUUUCUAAUAGUGACU